AUGAAUAAUGAGUACAGCACGCUGACUUUCGAAACGGAUUUGAAUCACUACAGUGUAACUGGCGGCUCCACAGGUAUUACGUCAGCACGUGUUUCGUACAUCUUUGAUCUGCGAGGACCAUGCAUGUCGGUAGAUACAGCCUGUUCGUCAUCUCUCGUAGCAAUCUACCAAGCUAUUCUGGUACUUAAAGCAGGAGACUGCAAUAUGGCUGUGUGUGGAGGAGUGAACGCCUUGUUGACUCCCUCGGCCUUCAUACAACUUAGCAGAGCCAGGAUGCUAUCACGGACUGGACAGUGUCAGGCCUUCUCUGCCAGAGCAGAUGGAUACGCAAGAGGAGAGGGAUGUGGGAUUGUCCUCCUGAAAAGACUCUCUGACGCCAUUAAGGAUGGUGACAACAUAUGGGCAACAAUUGUCACAGGCACAAACCAAGAUGGCCGAACAGUUUCUCCAAUGACUGCACCUUCUGGUGAACAACAACGACAGCUUCUGAAAACUGUCUACGAAAAGGCUGGAAUUGAUCCACGUGAAAUAGACUACAUUGAAGCACAUGGGACAGGGACAGUCGCUGGAGAUCCUGUAGAAGUCAAAAGCUUAGGAAUGUUUUUCACGGACCCUCAUAUACAAAAAAAGAAGAAAAGGUAUAUUGGAUCUGUCAAAACAAACAUCGGCCACCUUGAAUCUGCUGCUGGUGUUGCUGGUCUUAUUAAAGUUUUGCUCAUGAUGAAGAACAACAAGUUUGUUAAAACACUUUUUGCAGACGAAUUGCAUCCAGAUAUUGAUUUUCAAAAAUUCGGCUUUGUUAUUCCUACUGAUCUAAAUGAUUGGGACAGAAAAAGGAAACUUGCUUGUGUAAACUCCUUUGCGUUUGGUGGAACUAACUGUCAUGUCGUUCUUUCAUCCUACACUGAAAUAACAACAGAAAUUGAAAAAGGACAUGUGUCAAAACAGCCUUUGAUGUUUUGCUUUUCUGGACAAGAUCAGAAAGAUCAUUUUCAAGUGAGGAAAGCUGUUAUUGCAACUUCUUUGGAAGAACUAGCUAACAAACUGAAACGUGUCAACAUGUUAGAAACUUCGUAUAAACCUAAGAGGCUGAUUUUUGUCUUUGGAGGAAUGGGUAUAGCUUGGAUGGGAAUGUGCAAGGAACUUAUGUCUCAGUUUCAAGUAUUUAAAGGAAAGAUCCAAGAGAUUGACAGCUAUUUAAACGAGUAUGUCACCUGGUCUCUCUAUGAACAACUGCUAGAUGACUACAAUGUAGAAGACACAAUGUUUGGCCCAAUCGCCACGUUUGCAUGUCAGGUUGCACUAGUUGCACUCUGGAAACACUUGGGAAUCAAACCGGACUGUGUUCUUGGGCAAAGUAUUGGUGAAGUAGCAGCCUCACAUAUCGCUGGAGUUUGGUCACUGAGUGAAGCAGUGAAAAUUAUAUUUCAUCGAACUGUCGUGUUAGCAAAAGCUACUGGUGGGAAAAUGUUGUUGAUUCGCAAUAAACCAGUGGAAAAACUUGAAAUGAUGUUAACUAAAUAUGAAGGCAGAGCAAACAUUGGAUUGUAUUACAGUCCCCAGUCAUGUGUUAUUAGUGGAGAUACCGAUGCUGUUGACCAAAUUGAAAAGGAUCUUCUGACUACCUCAACAGACGAGAAACAUGGAAUUACUCUUCACACACUUCGAUUACAGACUGCAUUUCACAGCCACCAUACAGACAAUGCAAAACAAGAGAUUCAAAGAAAGCUUGUGGGUAUGCAAGGAGAUAGUUCAGAUAUAGAACUUAUAUCAACAGUUAGUGGCAAAAGGGCACAGGAAGAAGACUUUUCAACACCACACUACUGGGGAACAAACAUUAGAGAUCCAGUACAAUUUGGGAAAGCUGUUGGCAAUGCUGCUAAAGAAAAGAGUUUUAAUAUAUUUGUUGAAAUUGGGCCAAAGCCAGUGUUAGAUUCUUGCAUUAACGAUUUGUUCACUGAGGAUAAUAUUGCUGUUGUUCCUUCAAUGAAAAGGAAUUCUGAGCUGAAUUGCUUAUUAGAAGCAGCUGGCAAAAUGUAUGAGCAUGGACUGAAUAUUACAUGGAAUGUCCUGUAUGACAGACCACAACGGAAUACAGAAUACCCAAAGUACAGAUUCUGUAGAAAUAAACACCUGUACGUAUCUGAAGAUCUUCGACAACAGCUGAUGGGUAUCCAGCCAAAGACAAAUUUGCACCCUUUUUUUGAAGACAGUUGA